AUGAGAAGUGAACAUUGCAACAAUACUCUGUACCAAUUCUUCAAGGCAAAGGCCCUCAACCUUGAGGUAAAGCUUCGUCAUAGGGAAGAAGAGUUGAACGCUGCUGAAGUGCGUAUUGCUGAUAGGGACAAGGACAUAUUGGAACUGAAGAACCGUCUGAAGGGUAAGGAUCAUCUCGGAGCCGAGAAGGAGAAGCUUCGUGUUGAUAUUGCAUUAGUUCUUAGUGAGUUGGAUAAAGCCCGUAAAGAUGCUUCGUCUUCCAAAGUGGUUGAUAUCCGAGAGUUGGCAUGGCUUCGGGAUGAGAGGACUCGCCAAGCUUCUCGGAUUAAGGAAUUAGUGGAGAAAAUCAAAAAAGAAGCUAACAAGUGGAACGCCCGGGCAGAUGAGCAUAAUAAAUUUAUGGCUCAUUAUCGACAGCAACGGCAGCUGGCGGUUGACAUGCAAAAUCGUUAUAAUGCCGAUCGCCAACAGUUCAACGAGACCCUAGAGAGGACCCCAAAAGGUCUAUACGAAGCUCGUGAGAGUAUUUCUCGUCUAGAAACCAAGGUAGUGAACUUAGAAGAGGAGCUGCGUCAAGAUCGUUCAUCUCUUGACCCUGAGGUUCAAGAUUACAUACAACGUUUUUUUCGGGAGAGGGACGAAGCCAGAGCUGAGACUUAUGCACUCAACAAUGCUUUAGUGGCUUCUCGGGCCGAUAUCGCUUGUUUAGUGGAUUCCGAGAAAAGUCUUGAGAUUAAUAUGUAUAGUCUUAAUAAAGGGAUAGAAGAUAUGAAUAACGAAGUCAACCACCUUCGACAUUUAGAUUCCAUGAAGCAGGUAGAGUUGGAUGAGUGUCAGUUUUCUCUCACGAAUGUUCAAUUGGAUUAUAAGAAAAUUUCAUACGAGUAUGAUUUCCUCGACGAUGCCAGGGAUGCCGUAGUAAAUGAAUAUGAAAUAGCUUCGUCUAAUGUCGAAGAGCUCGAGGGACAUCUUAGCCUUGCAAAUGAAAGGCUUGAAAAGGCUCAAUCUGACCUAGUACACCAGCAGGGUCAGACUAGUAUAUGA